GGGAAAUGUUACUUAAGAAAUAGUAGGCCUAAAUAAUUACAAAAGAAUGAACAUAUUCGCCAUGAAAAUAGGCCAAAAAUUGUUGGCACGCAGCAGCCAACUAAUAUAGGUCGAUAAUUACCAAACAAUUGCUCAGCAUAACACCCUAUUUUUCAGAUAUGUGUCCAGAAUGCACGCCUGCCAUUUCGUUGCACGUUGCAUGUCGCUUUGAUCUACAACCUAUGAUUGUGGAGGUGCUAGAUGUGAAUGUGGAAUCGACAGAGACACAAGUUGAAAUAAAUGUUCUAAGCCCUAUGCGAUCUAACUUUAUAUCUAAUGGCAGUGAAAUACAGUCUCUUCUUCGUUACGAUCAAGACCCCUGCCAAUGUCCACAAAUAUUACCCCUGAACUUGCCUUAUCUUAUGAUACCGACUCUUUACAUUGACAAUGAGCCAAUUCUGGACUCUGGAUGUUACGUUGCAGAAUUUGAUAGCACACUAAUAUAUAUACUUAAAAACUUGAUUGAAUCAAAUGAAGACUGCAACAAGUUUUUUGCCGACAUCAAAUCAAAACUUUACACCACUGGAAACAAUACUACUGAGAUAAACUAAUUAUAGAUAAUUAUUAAUUUUUGUACAACACUCAAUAAAAAAUGCUA